GACAUGUACCUAAACAUCACAUUUCAUCAACAUGCUUAUUUACGCUUUCGCAUUGAUACCUCUUUACGUCCUAGUAUGGGUGCCUCUUUCUCAAGUAAUCUACGGUCGUCAAUCUGCUCUUCAUGAACCUCUUGAUUUGAACUCUUCAUUAAUUGCAAGUGAUGAACCCCUAUUCUGCCCAGAGGAUAGUUACAAGACGUAUAUCAUUAGUCGAGAACCACUCAUGAUAUAUAUUGACGGAUUUUUGAAAGCGAAUGAAAGUAAACAUUUGGUUGAUGUUAGUGAGCCGCUUUAUGAACCGUCAACUGUUUCUCACGGACAGGAAGUUACCAUUGAUCCUUCAGUUCGGAAUUCUGAAGUGGCGGUUUUAGAGAGGGAUGAGGUGGUCAGGUGUAUUGAGCAUAGAGCGAGGGCAUUUCAGGGGUGGAGGGGCGAGAUGGGGAUUGAGAAGUUGAGGACGCAGAGGUAUGGGGUUGGAGGACAUUAUGGGAUGCAUUUCGAUUGGAGCGGAGGUAAACGUGGCAUAGACCGAUUUAGUACUUUCAUGGUCUAUGUCGACGUAUCCUCUGAUAUCGAAGGUGGAGGAACGGAAUUCCCACGUAUCGUGGGACCAAAAGGAGGAAGGUGGGAGGACUUCCUGGAAACUACGGAAGCAUUGGAUCCAAGAACUGGAGAAAAUGUAACAGUAGAAGGGGUGACAUUCAAACCAAUCAAGGGAAAUGCCGUAUUCUGGGAAAAUACUGACAACAACGGGAGGGGCUAUGAUGAAACAUGGCACGCUGGUCUACCGGUGGAAAAAGGCUCGAAAGUAGGGUUGAAUAUUUGGAGUUAUGGGAGGACCAUUAGAUGAAGAUGCGGAGAGAAGAGUGAAUGAGAAAUAGCGCGCGUUGAAUACUGGUGUACAAGGCAUAACCGAAGUGGAGUGAAUAGAUCGGUACAUAUGGAUUUAGUAUAUUCCAUUAUGACUCAACCUUGAAGGUUACAAUUGUUGUAGGAAAUCAGAUACAACAAGUAAGCAAAUUUGCUAGAUGGAGAAAUCAUCUCGAGGUUCUCAGAAUAUCACGACGAAAAUCUUCCA